GAGCUGCGAGAAACCACCGCUUCCGGUCCUCCAUACAUACACAUGUAAGCUAUCCCGUAUCUCAGUUAACAACACAAAAAGUGGCAAUAAACGCAACCGAGGAUGGUUCAGUUCAGCAGAAUCUGCUUCCGGAAGUAUGGAAACUUUGUGGACAACCUCCGCCUGUACACCCGUGGAGGCAGUGGGGGCAUGGGCUUGCCCCGUCUUGGGGGACAGGGAGGGAACGGGGGAGAUGUUUGGGUGGUGGCCACAAAGAACAUGACCUUAAAGAGGAUCAAGGAUAAGUACCCCCACAAACGUUUUAUAGGAGAAGCAGGAGCCAACAGCAGUGUCCGAGCACUGAAAGGAGAGAGGGGGAAGGACAAGGAGAUCUUGGCUCCUGUUGGUAUCACAGUUACCACUGAUGAUGGCAAAAUACUCGGUGACCUGAAUACUGAGGGUGAUCGUCUGAUGGUGGCAAAAGGAGGACACGGAGGCUCCCUCUCCUCUGCAUUUGAGCCCAGUAAGGGCCAAGCCAAACAUAUAAGGCUGGACCUCAAACUCAUCGCCGACCUGGGCCUUGUUGGGUUCCCAAAUGCAGGAAAGUCCUCUCUCCUUACAGCCAUGUCUAAUGCCACACCUCAGAUUGCCAGCUACGCUUUCACAACUUUGAAGCCGGAGAUUGGCAAAGUGAUGUAUAAAGAUUACAAGCAGAUUUCUGUUGCUGAUCUCCCAGGCCUGAUUGAGGGAGCUCACAUAAACAAAGGCAUGGGCCACAAGUUCCUAAAACAUGUGGAGAGGACCAAGCAGCUGCUGUUUGUGGUGGAUGUUUGCGGUUUCCAGCUGGCAAGCAAAACACGGUUUAGGUCGGCCUUUGAAGCGGUUCAGCUUCUCACCAAGGAGUUGGAGUUGUACAAAGAGGAGCUUGUAUCGAAGCCGGCUUUACUGGUGGUGAAUAAGAUGGACCUGCCUGAUGCUGAGGACAAACUUGCAGAGCUGAAGGAGCAACUACAAAAUCCAGACGAGUUCAAUGAUCUGUUGCCUGAAGACAUGAUACCGAAGAAGUGUAUGACCUUCAGACACGUGGUUCCUGUCUCUGCCUCCACUGGGUUUGGUAUCGACCAUUUGAAAAGUUGCCUCCGAGAAUCGCUGGAUGAAAAUGCAGAAAUGGCAACUAAAGCCAUCCAUCAAGAAAGACUGCAGGCACUGAGGUUCCAGUCACAAGAGCGAUUGUGAUAAACAACAGAUAACAUGUUGCACAAUUUAGUGGCCUCUACAGUGCACCACGACCGACGAGUGUGUCUGCUAAAAAAAGUUCAAACUAAUUGGACUUCAAUGGCAGGUAAACACCAUCCACUGAGAAACACCGGUGGCAACAGAAACGAUGUGGUUUCAGUGCAGACCUGCCCUCAGGAGUUUGACCGAGGAUGACUUUAUUUCACCUGACCAUCGCAGCCAAAACAUCCAGUGUUACGAGGCUCCAUGAGUUCAGCAUGAGUUGAACUGUGCUUCGAAUAGUCUCUUGUUUGGUUGGAGGUUGUUAUGAAAAUCUAAGUCACAGUUAACAGGGUCACCUUUAUUCAGAAAUUACGCAUUGUAAAAAAGCUGAAAUCUGUUUGAACACCAGACUGAUUUAUAUGCUUCCCCAUGAAAGAAUAGAUGGUUAGGCAGGCGCAAAAGCAUCAUUAGCUUUAGUGCCAGAUACAUUAAAUUAUAAAGAAUGUAAUUGGAACCCUUGUAAGAGAGGAGAGGUGCAAUUGUACCAACCAGUGCUUUUCUGUUUCUUCAGAUCGUUCAUGAAAUUUUGUGUGUUGUAAGGUUGGACUGAUAACUAAAGUCUGCUGUUUAGGACUCAUAGCAGUGAUUUUUAUGUUAGGUAACACGGGGCCAGGGAUUACUGUGGUAGCAAAGCCUGAGUUAGCCAUGACUGAUUUCAUAUUGACAUUUGCAAAGAAACUGUAUUUAUUGUUGGAGUGCUCACGUCUGGCUGAUACACAAGCCUCUAAAUAAGGUCUCAUUUGCUGUAAUGUAAUACAAAACAAUUAAAAAGAUUUUUAGAAAUGGCA